AUGGAUACGCGCUUUGGUGUGUUCAUAGCUCUGCUGUUCGCUGCGCUCUUUAUCCAGCGACCUAGUUGGGCGUUAGAAGCGAACAAUGCCGAGAGGGACAACGGCCUCUUACACACCGUACGCCACGUGUUUGCGCAAUGCGCUGACAGCGAGGAUUUAUUCUGGUGCUGUAAGCUGCAGGGAGCUCGCCUGCUGGGUCGGGCGCUUAAGGUCCAGCACAUUAGCAUAGUGGAUGGCCUUAAUUUGGUGCGAAAGGCGGGCAGUGAAGAGACGCGCACAGGUCGGGCUAGCGCCGAUCAGAAUAGCCUCAACAAUCGCGAUCUCGAGCAUAUGUCGGCCAAGAGUCUGGAUGCAUUACUGAUGGAUCGCUUCCUGAGUUUCAUGCAGAGUCAUCAGUUGCAAGUCAAUUUGCCGCGUCUGCUGCUCUAUGGGGAGCGCAAUAGUCAGAAUUGGCUGCAAUCGUUGCUGUCCUAUUUUUCCCCGGAGACGCUGGACAGCGAGGGACGCAAGAAGAAGGACGAUAAGAAGUACUUGGGACCCUUUAUUGCUGCCGUCCUACUUAAGACAGCCAUUCUGAAAAUGGCCUACCAUUCUAUUGCAAUAGUGGCUGGCAAGGCGUUAAUUGUUGGCAAAAUUGCGUUGAUCAUUAGCGCUAUUAUCGGACUUAAGAAGCUGGUGAGCUCCGAGGGCGGCGAGAAGACGACCUAUGAGAUUGUCAAACAUCCGCAAGUGCAACAGAGCCACACCUACUCGAGCAGCCAUCAGGGCGAGUAUGACAGCGGCGGCCAUGAUAGCGGCUCCUAUCAUCGUAGCAUGGACGACGAAAUGAUGAUGCAGGAUAAGGCCUACCACGCCUGGAUGCCCCAGCCAACUCCAAGCAAGGCGUCGCGAUAA